AUUUUUCCAGUUUAGACUAAAAUCAGUAUCUAUAUAUUGACUUCAAAUUGGAGCGGAAAUAUAGAAACUAAAUUACUCUUUAAAUACCAUUGUCUGACAUCUUCCAAACCAAGAUUUUAUGUGUUUAGCUUUUGGGCUGAAGACAAAAGGCUUUUCAAAUGAGCUGAAUUAAGUGUUUCAACCAACUUAACAAACAAUUGAAUAUUAUAUUUCAUGUUAAACAUUUCAAGAAAAUCCAGUUGGUUUCAGAGCUAAAGAUGAUGAUUAAGGAAGUUGGUAAAAUUUGUAUAACACUUUACUGCUUUCAGUUUCUUGUAAUAGUUGCAACUAAAGACAGCAUACCCACAACAUUGGAUGGGCCGUUUAAGCCAGUAACUACCAGAUUUGAUCCUUCAUUGCGUAAAGGAAGUGAUGAUUUGGCAAUGGAACAUCCAAGGCUUAAGAGAAAUGUGACUUCAUUUUUUCCAGAACAGAUUGCUCUUGCCUUGUCAUCAUCUCCUACUUCUAUGUGGGUUUCUUGGGUUUCUGGAGAAGCUCAGAUUGGUCUAAAUGUGACUCCACAUGAUCCAACAACAGUAGCAAGUGAGGUGUGGUAUGGUAGGGAAAGUGGGAAGUACACAAUGAAAAAAACUGGGGUUUCAGUAGUUUACAGUCAGUUGUAUCCAUUUGAAGGGCUAUGGAACUACACCUCUGGCAUCAUUCAUCAUGUGAAGAUUGAUGGUCUUGAACCUGAGACAAAGUAUUAUUACAAGUGUGGGGAUAGUUCUUUAGCAGCAAUGAGUAAGGAGCUUGAAUUUGAGACCUUCCCAUUGCCUGCACCUUACAAGUAUCCACGGCGAAUAGCAGUUGUUGGCGACUUGGGUCUUACAAGCAAUACAACCACAACCAUUGAUCAUCUCAUAACGAAUGAUCCUUCCAUGAUUCUGAUGGUCGGAGAUUUAACUUAUGCGAAUCAAUACCUUACAACGGGUGGUAAAGGAGCUUCAUGUUUUUCUUGUCAGUUUCCAGAUGCACCCAUCAGAGAGACAUAUCAACCUCGAUGGGAUGGAUGGGGAAGGUUUAUGGAACCGCUGAUCUCAAGAGUUCCAAUGAUGGUUAUUGAAGGAAACCAUGAGAUUGAGCCUCAAGUAGCAGGCCUCACAUUCCAGUCGUACUUGACAAGAUUUGCUGUUCCUUCAAAGGAAUCUGGCUCUAACAGUAACUUUUACUACUCUUUUAAUGCUGGAGGAGUCCAUUUCAUCAUGCUAGGAGCCUAUGUUGACUAUAAUCAGACCAGUGCUCAGUAUGCUUGGCUUCAGGAUGAUCUGGAGAAAGUAGACCGUGGCAUGACUCCUUGGUUAGUGGCUGCAUGGCAUUCUCCUUGGUACAAUAGCUAUUCGUCACACUACCAAGAAUUUGAGUGCAUGAGGCAGGAAAUGGAAGAAAUCCUCUAUACGUAUCGUGUUGAUAUUGUUUUCUCUGGUCAUGUACAUGCAUAUGAGCGAAUGAAUCGAGUCUAUAACUAUACAUUAGAUCCAUGCGGCCCUGUUUAUAUAACAGUAGGAGAUGGUGGCAAUAUAGAGAAAGUUGAUGUUGAUUAUGCAGAUGAUCCCGGGAAAUGUCCUUCACCAAGUGACAACAUUCCAGAAUUUGGUGGUGUAUGUCACAUGAACUUUUCCAGUGGACCUGCUAAAGGUAAAUUUUGCUGGGACAGACAACCGGAAUGGAGUGCAUAUAGAGAGAGCAGCUUCGGCCACGGGAUAUUGGAGAUGGUAAAUUCAACCCAUGCAUUAUGGACUUGGCACCGUAAUCAGGACAUUUACCAUGAAAACAGUUAUGGUGAUCAAAUAUACAUUGUGCGACAACCUCAAUCUUGCUCUGUACGACAACCUCAAAGGUGAUCGCAGACAAAUAAAUCUUUCAUAAAAUUAUUCAACAAAGUGAAACAGUUAUGGAGUUUAUAGAACAGUAACUCUGGUUAUGAUAUAGCUGCUGUAGGAUCUCCAAUGAGGUUAUGUGGUUUUAGGGGCUAUACUCCAAGGAGAGGAUAUCCGUUGGCAGCCUACCUACAUAUCAAUUUUAUCAGUAAAAAGAAGUAAUAACAAAUUGUUGCUGUCAUAGUAA